AUUGCCAAAUCAUUGUUGAAUUUUUAUUUUUGCUUAAUUGGAAUUUUUUGCUCUGCAACAAAAUUAUAGUUUUUCUUUUAUUUUUUAUUUUUUAUUUUUGUUCUAUUUUUGUUUUAUUUGUUGAGAUUACUAAUGUUGCGUGCUAGUGGUGUCUUUCUUCUUUGUUUGAGAUAAUUAUCCACCAUAUAGCAUGAAAGACUUUGAUGAUUCUGUCCUACAACAAAUAUUGGAAGAGCUUGAUACUUGUCUUCUAAUUGCUCAAUGUCGUAUACUUGAGGGACAAAUCACGAGAGAUGAACUUGAACAAGAGCUUCUUCAGGUGCGAUUUCUUAGGGAUGAUGUUUAUGAAGAAGAAUAUAAGGAUGAAACUUUUGAUUAUAAUGUUCCACCACAAGAAGAAGAGGAGUGUUACAUGAAAAAGAUCAAUUGGGAACAAAUGUUACCUCCUCAAGUGUUACCGAAAGAUUCAUAUGACAAGAACUCUCACAUCAAAGAUGUUUUGAUUGAAUUCAUGAAUAUUAAUCAAGGGUCAAUUGACAAAUUUGAAAGCCAAUGUGAAAGGUUAUCUGAACAAAUUGUGGAAUUUAAAAAGAUGAAUGAGAAGUUGGAGAUUGGAGAUGACCUCAUUGAUGUGAAAAAGAAAGAUGAGGAGGAAGAAUUAAUAAAAGUUGAGGAUGAUCUAGUGGAAACUCAAAAGUCUCAACUUUUGAGUAGUGAAUAUGUCGACCAAGAAAUUUCUCAACAUAAAAACAUUCCUCAAAUUGUUUUUAGCAACAAGGUAGAGAAAAGAGAGGAGAUUGAUGAAGUUUUGGAUGCCAUUUAUGCUUUGUUCAUUAAUUUCCACUUGAAAAAGUUAUGGAAGAAACAUCAUCUAUAUCUCAAGUUCAUGGAGUUCCUACCCAACAAAAUGAAGAAGAAGGAUGAUGUGUUCUUUGUGUCAUAUAUGCCGCCUUAAUAGUGGUUGAUGUGUCAAGCUAAUGACGUUAAAGAAGCGCUGCAUGGGAGGCAACCCAUGAGAGGUUGAUCAGUUGGCGGAAGACUACCGCUAAAAUUGCUUGGAAAUUAUUGAUAUAUUGCCUUAAUAGUGGAAGUGUGCAAAUAUGGAUCAUGAGAAGAAAAUUACAUGCCUUUUGUUGGCCCAUGCCUUUGUGAAUUGUGACACGUGAGAGGAGCAUAAAAUUCUCUUAAGUCUUGAGCAUUUGAAAGAAAUAAAAUCACUACAUGUGAGGAGAAUAUAAGCAGGCCUUACUUGUUGGCCCAAGAAACGUGGAGGAAAUAGGUUUUACCAUCUAAUCUAAUGCACUAUAAAAGAAAAGAAAGUC